CGUUUCCCACUUUCCUCACUCCGUAAAUCGGAUGGGAAGUUGGGGAAGAUGGACAGGGUCUUGCUGAGGUGGAUUUCUCUCUUCUGGCUAACAGCCAUGGUCGAAGGCCUUCAGGUCACGGUGCCUGACAAGAAGAAGGUGGCCAUGCUCUUCCAGCCCACUGUGCUUCGCUGCCACUUCUCAACAUCCUCCCAUCAGCCUGCAGUCGUGCAGUGGAAGUUCAAGUCCUACUGCCAGGAUCGCAUGGGAGAAUCCUUGGGCAUGUCCUCUACCCGGGCCCAAUCUCUCAGCAAGAGAAAUCUGGAAUGGGACCCCUACUUGGAUUGUUUAGACAGCAGGAGGACUGUUCGAGUAGUAGCUUCAAAACAGGGCUCCACUGUCACCCUGGGAGAUUUCUACAGGGGCAGAGAGAUCACGAUUGUUCAUGAUGCAGAUCUUCAAAUUGGAAAGCUUAUGUGGGGAGACAGCGGACUCUAUUACUGUAUUAUCACCACCCCAGAUGACCUGGAGGGGAAAAAUGAGGACUCAGUGGAACUGCUGGUGUUGGGCAGGACAGGGCUGCUUGCUGAUCUCUUGCCCAGUUUUGCUGUGGAGAUUAUGCCAGAGUGGGUGUUUGUUGGCCUGGUGCUCCUGGGCGUCUUCCUCUUCUUCGUCCUGGUGGGGAUCUGCUGGUGCCAGUGCUGCCCUCACAGCUGCUGCUGCUAUGUCCGCUGUCCAUGCUGCCCAGAGUCCUGCUGCUGCCCUCAAGCCUUGUAUGAAGCAGGGAAAGCAGCAAAGGCCGGGUACCCUCCCUCUGUCUCCGGUGUCCCUGGCCCUUACUCCAUCCCCUCUGUCCCUUUGGGAGGAGCCCCCUCAUCUGGCAUGCUGAUGGACAAGCCGCAUCCACCUCCCUUGGCACCAAGUGACUCCACUGGAGGAAGCCACAGUGUUCGCAAAGGUUACCGGAUCCAGACUGACAAAGAGAGAGACUCCAUGAAGGUCCUGUACUAUGUUGAGAAGGAGCUGGCUCAGUUUGAUCCAGCCAGAAGGAUGAGAGGCAGAUAUAACAACACCAUCUCAGAACUCAGUUCCCUACAUGAGGAGGACAGCAAUUUCCGCCAAUCUUUCCGUCAGAUGAGAAGCAAACAGUUCCCUGUGUCUGGGGACUUGGAGAGCAAUCCUGACUACUGGUCAGGUGUCAUGGGAGGCAGCAGUGGGGCAAGCCGCGGGCCCUCAGCCAUGGAGUAUAACAAAGAGGAUCGAGAGAGCUUCAGGCACAGCCAGCCACGCUCCAAAUCGGAGAUGCUGUCACGGAAGAACUUCGCCACGGGGGUGCCGGCCGUUUCCAUGGACGAGCUGGCAGCCUUCGCUGAUUCCUACGGCCAGCGGCCCCGCCGGGCCGACGGCAACAGCCACGAGGCGCGGGGCGGGAGCCGCUUCGAGCGCUCGGAGUCCCGGGCGCACGGCGGCUUCUACCAGGACGACUCCCUGGAGGAGUACUACGGCCAGCGCAGCCGCAGCCGCGAGCCCCUGACCGACGCCGACCGCGGCUGGGCCUUCAGCCCCGCACGCCGCAGACCCACCGAGGACGCGCACCUGCCGCGGCUUGUGAGCCGCACGCCGGGCACCGCGCCCAAAUACGACCACUCGUACCUGGGCGGUGCACGGGAGCGGCAGCCGCGGCCCGAGGGCGCCAGCCGAGGCGGCAGCCUGGAGACACCGUCCAAACGGAGUGCGCAGCUCGGCCCGCGCAGCGCCUCCUACUAUGCGUGGUCGCCGCCCGGCACCUACAAGGCCGGCUCGUCGCAGGACGACCAGGAGGACGCGUCAGACGACGCGCUGCCGCCCUACAGCGAGCUGGAGUUGACCCGCGGCCCAUCCUACCGUGGCCGCGACCUGCCCUACCACAGCAACUCGGAGAAGAGGAGGAAAAAGGAGCCCGCCAAGAAAACCAAUGACUUUCCAACCAGGAUGUCCCUUGUGGUCUGAUGUUGUCAACAUUUCUCUGGAUGACGAGAAAUCAGACAUGGACUAUGGGGACAAGACACAAAUCCAAGAGCCAGCAGACCCGGGACCUUCUCUGGCCAUCACCUUGGAAGAUUUGCUGAUCUCUGCUUUGGCAAGGGAUGGGAGGCAGCCUUUAAGGGAGGCUGAUUUCAAACCUCUAUGCCCAUCUAACUAGUUUGAGAAACUUACCAAGAAAGCAAGAAUGUGCGAGAACAUUCCUACAUACAGAGUUUCUCAACUAUAGCGUUUAUCCUGCCCAACCUCCUCCCUUAACAGAACCAGGACUCCAUUUACAAUUCUGAAAGAGAGUUUGCUCUGGACUGCUAAUCUCCAGAAACUGCCUAUGCCUACAGUAUGCUUUUCUAUACCUCCUGUGCUAUACUUAGAGACAGAAGAAUUUAUUACUACUAUUAGAAGAAGGCCUUCUGCUGACAAGGAAAGAUAGCUUCAAGUCAAAAUAUACCUUUUAUCCCCAUCACUUUCCAGUCACUAGUCAAUGACUGUUGUUACACUAAAAUCAAAAGGCCUUUGGUGAGCUCAGUGACAGUGACCUCUGGUACAAUCACAGAAAUGACUUCAAUUUGCUGUUCUGAAUGACAAUUCUUAAGUGGCUAGGACAAAGCAAAAGCAAGUAUACCUUUUUGAAAAGCUGUCUAAGUAGUAUUUCCUUUUCCAUUCUGAGAACGUAAACUGCUUUUUCCUUUUCUGCUGCACAUGUCAACAUCUGAGUCUUAGACAUUAAGGGCUCUUCUCUUCCUCCCCUCUCCUGGACUUUCCACAGGUUGGUGCCACACACAGAGCCCUGCCUCCCUCUGCACUCGGAUUAGAUUGUCUUCGGGUGCCUUGUGAUAAAUGCUUAAAAUAUACGCAUGAAACAGAAGAGUGAGAAAAGAGGAGAAAGCAGUAAUGCAUAUAGAAAAGAAUGAGAAGGAAUUUAAGAGGGAAAUAACAUCGUCUCAUUAUAUUUUGAAUGUGGACCAUUUCACCCACAAACUUCACUCAAUCUUUUCUGGUUUUGUGCUUCACUUAGCAUUAAUUGUUUCUGCCAUCCCAGUUCUGCCAUUCUAGGACAUAGGGGAUGUGGAACAUACAGCAUUUGGCCUGACUAGACUGCCACUAUGGCCACUUUCAAGAGAUUAGAGAUACUGCUUUCUCAGGAAGGAGUACUUCCUAUUGCCACCCUUGCCUAAAUGAUAGAGUUUGCCUAAAUUCCAAAGCUAGAUUUCUGGAUUUUGUCAUUUGUGUAGAUAGCAAAAAUGGCCACAACUUCCUUCUCAUCAAGAGGUGCCGUCUUUUUUUCCUACCCCUUGAAUCUGGAGUUGGCUGUGUGAUUUGAUUUAGCCAGUAGCCCAACAAAUGUGACACAAACAGAGACUUGAAAAGUUCUUGUGCAUGGGGCUUGUCCUCUUUUGCUGCCCUUGGGAACCUUGCAACUACCACCAGGUAAACAAGCCUGGACUAUCCUGCUGCAUGACAAAAGAAAAGGGCCCAGUUACCCUAUCUGACAGCCCAUCAACUUUCAGCUGAUUGCAGAUAUAUGAGUGAGUCCAGCUAAUACCAACAGAAGAACUGCCUAGCUGAACCCAGCCCAAAUUUCUGAUUCCUACUCAAGGCAUGAGAAGUUGAUGCAUUGUUUAUGUUAAUUUCUUUUCAAGAACAAACCUGACUCGUUCUUGUCUGGAUGUUUAUCCAUGAACCGCUUACUCCAUCCAAACUUGUGUUUCUCAUAGCCUCCGCUUUUGUUGACAGAUUUUUAUCAAAACUUUUCACCUUGCACUCUUGUGGGGUACAUGUUUGGGUCAAAUCCGUGGAGGAUAAUGCUUGACUUUGCUAUCCCUUAAUCCAGCAGUGGUUUCUUCCCUGUCUAUGGAUCUGUGGACAACCUCUGAGGAAGGCCUCUUCUUUAACAUCUUUUUGGUCUUCUCCAGAGCCACCUUACUGGAGCUAGACCAUAUUCUCAGAGUACCAUUCCUCUAGUAUCCAUUUGUACUUCAUGACAUUUCCAAAAAACAUCCUAUGUUUGCAAUGAAAUAAAAAAGUGGCUGGGUGAGGGUCGGAGGGAUGACCUGGUAUGUGUCAUUGCUUGGAGAAUUGACCUACGAAAGAAUUUCCCUGUUACUUUGGCCAGUCCCAGAGAAAUCAGGAAAACAGUUGAACCCAGUGCUGGUACUUCCAAGGGCUGGAAGACACAAGCCAUAACCCUGGUGCUGAGUUUUAGACUUGCUGGUGUCCCUGGCCUCUGAAAGCCUAGGUCUAGCCUGUCUGUGUGGACCCCAGUUCAGAUGGAAAAGAUGAUAAAAAACAUUUCUUAGUCACCAGCUUUGGAUUUCAACUUGCUCAGGCAAUUUUGGAGAAUGGGUAGCUGUGGUAGCUAUUAUCGCUUUAUACUGAGCACUGUGUCAGGCUUUUCACCACCAAAGAGCCUCAUAGCACCAGCUGCAGAGACCAAAAAUAAUGUUUUUUUAAAAAACUAAAGACAUAUGAUUUUGGUGAAGGUUGAGGGUAGCAAUGGGAAAGAAUUAAAGAAUUAUUAAAAUUGGAAACCUGCAAUUCCAAAGACAACAAAACUACGGAUAGAUGGAAAAAUACAAAGAAAAUAGCAGGCUACUGAAUUAACCUUGGGAGUUGGGACCAGGUUGUCCUUUGUAGAACUGCAUAAAUCAUUCAGACUUCCAGGCCUUCAGUAGAAGAAAAAGGCAGUUGUUUCUGGGUAUAUGGACAGGAGUUAAGGCUGAGUUGACAAAUCAAAGCUUGCUGUCCUCAGCACCCCUGACUUUCCUCUAUGUGUCCUUUUGUUUCUUCUCCCUUGAAUAGUGUGUCCUGCAUAGGAAAUGGUUAUAUUUGUUAGCUUCUUUUCUAGGUUUUAUUGGGGUACAAAGUAAAUCUUGUGUAAGACAUAAUCUCUGUCCACUAGGACCCUGUAAUUUAAUAGGGGAAAUAAGACAUGCUCAAGAAAGGAGAUUUUAUACAUAGAGUAUGAAAUAGUGCUAUGGAUAAAUUAUAAUAAACCCAGAGAUUUAGUUUUUUAAAAAACUUAAAUGGGAAUACUUUGAUAUUAAAGUGUUGUAUGUGUUUGUCCAUCAUCCUAUUUAAAUAUAUGCUCGGUGAUCUGAAAAGCCAAUAUUCAAAAGGCUGAAAAGAGGUGAAUUAGGAUCAGGAAAGGGUGAGUAGCAGGGGUCCCAGAGGGAUGAUGCAUAAGCUGCUGUACUUGCCUAUGAGUCACUACUGAGUCAGAAACAUGCUGGAGGAGGGAGUGUGGAUGCAGGUGGCAAGGAGGUGUCCCCUGGUAGAUGAGCUGCUUCUCUAGGCCAUGCAUGGAUUCAUUAGGAAGUUGGAGACAAUGGCCAUGGACUUGGCGCAUGUCAGCUAUUCCAUCCGAGCAUGCUCACAGGGGAGCUCAGCGUCAGCUGCUCCUGGGGCUCAGGUUCCAUCUUUGCCAACACAGGGCAGGUCUCACGGAGAUGCUAGGUCUCUCAUCCCCCUUCUCAUGAUCCUCACUGUGCACUUGACAUAGGAUUAGGCAUACUGGAGAUGGGAAAAGGCUGCCACCCAAACCCAAGGCACCUGACCACAUCUGUAAAUAUUUCUGAAUAGUCCACAAAAUUUCUCCAUAGGUAAUCUGAUUAGAUCUUGCCUCUGAGGGAAGCUGAAGUCACAGAUACUGUUGUAAUUUACUACCCCUCCCCACCCAAUUUUUUUUAAUAGGUGAAGAAACCAUCACUGCCAUUAAUGAAGUCACAAACCUAUUAGGUCUUUAGACUCCCAACCUCUGGAUCUUUUCUGCUGAUCAGUGUUUCCCAAAAUUGCCUAACCGUAAGAAUUAACUUGAUUGCUGCUGUUAAAAAGGUAUUGUUGGACCCUGCCUUGGAGAUUGAUUGGGUGGGUCUAGAGGCGGACUUCAUAUUUUUAAUACGCAUUCCAGGAGACUCCUGAGAUCAGAUGCAUUUGGAAAUUGUUGCACUAAGUCAUACCUCUGGUGUACUCCAAACAGCUAGUCCUGAGGCUUCCUUGGGCCUUAAAAUUUUUUCCUUCAAAUGUCCUGGUGAGGUCCCUCUCACUCCUUUGGGGCUGGCUGUGGUGAGUCUCUCAGAAGUCUGGCUGUGACGUGGAUGGGCUCACCAGAGUAUGGUAGUGGUAGUAGGAAAACAGGCAGAGAGAAAGGAGUGUCAGGAGCACUCCCAGGGAGCCUGUUGUAGAUAUUUCCAUUCCCAGAAUAGUGAUCUAUUGUGACAGUCUCAGAACAGACAACAAGAAUUACAGGUAAUUUUCUCAUUCCCUUGAUAUAUUUUUAGCAAAACUUAAAUCAUGAAUAGAAAGAAAAGAUGCCAUUGGGGAAAUGGAAAAACUCAAUCAUUUUAUAAAGCGUACAAAUUAUAAGGAUGACUGGCCAAUAGCACUUCCACUUUGGUCUUACCCAAAGUUGGGUGGACAAGAAUAAUAAAAGUCCUCAUUAUAUAUCCUUCCAAAAUCAGAUUUAAAUGCCUCCAGCAUGUUAAUGGAAGUCUGAAAUUGAUUGAUAGGAUGUAGAAAUCCAAAUUCACUAAAAUAGGGGGCCAGUUACUUAAAGUCCUAGAAGGAAAAAGUGCCUGGCUUUUUGCUGCCAGUAUCCUACCUCCUAGUCAUCUGGUAAACUGAUCUAUGAAGCUUGAAGAAGGGGCUUUUAACAUCAGAGUGGCACAAGGGCAAUGUUGCACUGCUUUAAGCAGCAGCCUGAGCUUUAGCACUAUUUGAAGGGGAGAAGGUUAAUACUAAUAAUAUUUGUGUUAUUUUUAUGGUAUAUUACUGUUUACAGAACACUUUCAUUUGGUCCCAGCAUCAACUCCUGUGAUAGAGGCAGGGCAGAUGUUGUGGUCUCGUUACAUAGAAUGUAAAACUGAGGUUGAAAAAUACUAAGUGACUUGUCCGUAGUCAAAUGAUUUUUAAAAUUAUAAAGCCAGGCCUUCUGACUGUCUUGUCUAGGGACCUUUCCAAUUCCUUAAAUACCCAUGGGACUGGAAUCUGGAUAUUCCAGAUUCCAGUUUCUCUUCACAGCCAGACAUCCGGUGAGAAGAGUCGUAGACUUGAUGCUUGUUCAUAUGUCAUGGAUGUGGUGAAGCUCUAUGAAGACAGAUACUGUUGCUGCUUCAUCCAGCUAAGCACCAUUCAUUCCUCAAAUGCUAAUCUAAGAGGGAGUUGUGGCUUCACUCAAGGAGAGUUUCAAUUUCUUUUUUUUUCUUUUUUUUUUUUUUUUUUUGAGACAGGGUCUUGCUCUGUGGCCCAUGCUACAUUGCAGUGCAGUGGUGGUAUCAGUUCACUGCAGUCUCAAACUCCUGGGCUCAAGCAAUCCUCCUCCCUCAGCCUCCCAAGUAGGUAGGACUACAGGUAUGUGCCACCAUGUCCAGCUAAUUUUUUUGUUUGUUUGUUUGUAGAGAUGGGGUCUAGCUAUGUUUCCCAGGCUUGUCUCAAACUCCUGGCCUCAAGUGAUCCUCCCACCUUGGCUACCUAAAGUGCUGGUAUUGCAGACAUGAGCCACUGAACCCAGCUGAGAGCCUCAUUUUCAUUAGCUGUGCUAUGAGGGGUAAUAUGUGCUUUAGGUUUUCUGGGGAAUCCUUGCAGAGAAGUUUCUAAGCGAAACUACAGAUUCAUCUGGAUUCAGAAUUCCGGGCAGAAGCUGCUUAACAACAAAAAUCUGGCAUCUUCACUACAUUUUAAGAUUAUAGGUAGAACUAAGAGGGAUCAGAUAUAGAGAGACAAGGAAUGUGAGAAGGAAAAAGAUAUAGUAGUUUAGCUAAAUUUUUCUUAGAGUUUCUUGGUAGAGCUGGACAUGUAGUAACUAGUCUGACUCAUUUCUUCUGGGAAGGCUAAAAGAGACACAAAUAGCUUCUCUUUUACCUUGGCUUUAAGGAAAAGUCGUUUUAUUAACAAAAGGAUUAGACACCACUGCAUAAGAAAUUUGCUUUGUGAGAAUAAAGAACAAGGGAAUAGAAGGGUGGGAAAGAGAAGGGUGAGAAAUUAGCUUCGUGAGGGCCACCUGUCAGUUGUUUUUGUGCCUUGUGACAUCAAAACUGAAAUGUUUGUAUUACUGUUGUCCAUGACCUUUUUUUUUCUAUGUCAGACAUACAAAUUGAAUUUGGUUGUAAUGUUUUAAACUAAAUAAAGAAUUCUUACCUACA